UUAAAAUUGGUAAAUUUAUAAUGAUUAAAACUUUAUUUAUUGGAUGUGGAGGUUCAUUUAAAAAACCGUACAAGGUCCACAACAAUAUUGUAAACAGUCUCAAAAUAUAUCUUACAAUGAAGUGGUUCGCAUGUGUUUUAUUUGGUCUGUUGAUGGGAAAUGCACAUUUGUUACUGAAGCCUCACCCUGAUAUUGAUCUAUCAAUAGGCGAUUUAAUGGCAAAAUACGGCUACCCUUUAGAAAAAUAUACAAUAGAAACGGAAGACGGAUACAUUCUGACAACCUUCCGAAUUCCACACGGAAAAAAUUCAACCGUUGUGGGUACCCCGAUCCUUUUUGUACCUGGAACGGGUGGUUGUUCCGAAAACUUUUUGAUUUUGGGUGAGAACGAUGCGAUCGCCUAUUAUUUAGCCGAUCGAGGCUUCGACAUUUGGCUCAUGAACCAGAGGGGCACCACUCAUUCAAGGAAACACAAGUUUCUGGACGCCACAAAAGACCCAGAAUAUUGGGAAUUUGGAUGGCACGAGGUUGGAGUGUAUGACAUACCAUCGAACAUAGAUUUUAUUUUGAACGUGACUAAACAUGAGAAACUGAUUUAUAUAGGACACUCGCAAGGAACGACUACUUAUUUCGUAACGACCUCAGAUAAACCAGAAUACAACGAAAAAAUUAUCGUAGGUGUUCAAUUCGCCAUGGCCAUGUUUCUGAAGGACUUGCACGUGCCCUUUAUGGAUUUCGCAGGGAAAUAUCAUAGGGAAAUCCAAGCAAUUUUGAAGAUUUUGAACAUAAGAUACAUAAUGCCAGACAACGAAGAAUUUUUGUCAAGUCUAAAAGUAUUUUGUGGCCUAGAAAAUUGGACUGCGGAUUUAUGCGGGAAAAUUUUAAAUCUUUUGGGUGCCGAGGAUUUGUCCUUUUACAGCUUUAACAAUACAUUUACCCCGAUAAUAUUCAGAAAUGCUCCUGCAGGUGCUUCAGUCAGGCAAUUAAUUCAUUACUUUCAAAUGAUGGAAACCGGAGAAUUUACACACUACGAUUAUGGACCAGAUAAAAACUUACAAGUAUACAAUUCCGUUUACCCUCCAUUGUACGAUUUAUCUAAGUGCACCGCCCCAGUUGCAAUAUUUGAAGGAAAAGCAGACUUUGAAACAACGGAUGAAGCGAGACUGAAAUAUUUUCGUGAAAUACCAAACAUAAUUUACUACUAUCAGAUUAAAGAUGACCAUUUUCAUCAUGCAGACUUUAUUUGGGGGAAUAAUGUUAAAGAACUGGUUAAUAAACCUGUUUACAAAUUUUUAAAGCGGAUGGAUAAAAGAUACAGAAGAAGACUGUUAAAUUAAGGCGAUUAA